AUGGCUACUCCACACAUCCCAAAGACCCAAAAAGGUGUUAUCUUCUACGAGAACAACGGUCCUCUACAAUACAAGGACAUCGAUGUGCCAACCCCAAAGUCCACUGAGCUUUUGAUCAACAUCAAGUACUCUGGUGUCUGCCACACUGACUUGCACGCCUGGAAGGGUGACUGGCCUCUAGGCGUUAAGUUGCCUUUGGUCGGUGGUCACGAAGGUGCCGGUGUCGUUGUCGCCAUGGGUGAGAACGUCAAGGGCUGGAAGGUCGGUGACUUGGCCGGUGUCAAGUGGUUGAACGGCUCGUGCAUGUCGUGCGAAUCGUGCGAACUUGGUAACGAGUCCAACUGUCCAGAAGCCGAUCUUUCUGGUUACACCCACGAUGGUACUUUCCAACAAUACUGUACCGCCGAUGCCGUCCAAGCUGCCAAAAUCCCAGCUGGCACUGACUUGGCCGAAGUUGCCCCAGUCUUGUGUGCUGGUAUCACUGUCUACAAGGCUUUGAAAUCCGCUCACUUGGAAGCCGGCCAAUGGGUCGCCAUCUCCGGUGCCUGUGGUGGUCUCGGAUCCUUGUGUAUCCAAUACGCCAAGGCCAUGGGUUUCCGUGUCGUUGGUAUUGACGGUGGUGAAGGUAAGGAAGAACUAUUCAGACAAUUGGGUGGUGAGACUUUCAUCGAUUUCCGUACCUCCAAGGACGUUGUUGCCGAUGUCAUCAAGGCUACCAACGGUGGUGCCCACGGUGUCAUCAACGUUUCCGUCUCCGAGGCUGCUAUCGAGUCUUCUACCAACUACGUUAGAUCCAACGGUACUGUUGUGCUAGUCGGUCUACCAGGUGGUGCCAAGUGUAAGUCUGACGUUUUCAACCAAGUUGUCAAGUCUAUCUCCAUUGUCGGUUCUUACGUUGGUAACAGAGCUGACACCAGAGAAGCUUUGGACUUCUUCGCUCGUGGUAUGGUCAAAUCUCCAAUCAAGGUUGUUGGCUUGUCUACUCUACCAGAAGUCUUCGAGAAGAUGGAAAAGGGCCAAAUCGUUGGUAGAUACGUCGUCGACACUGCCAAAUAA